AUGGUUCUCAUCGAGUGCAAGCGUCUGCCAAAAGAUGAGUACAGCAAAGACUACGACGUCUUUUUGGCGUCAUUCCCCGGGACCACAAACGUCGGUGAGGCGACAGAUGUGCUGCAGCGAAUGCGUAAUACAAGAGUGCGCAUUAAGUGGAUGAUAGCAGCUGCGAAGCAACUUGCCAAGGACUCUUGUGCAGAGGAGCAGCAGCACCACCUGCUUGGCCCUGUCGCCGAUGCCGAACGUUACAUGUCACUCGAACGCGCAGAAAGGCGGUUGACAUGUGCCCAGGAAGAGUUAGACGCCUUGGUGAACGCAUUCAAAGGAGGUGUCAUGAUUCUAUUUCCGGCCGAGUGCAGUGGGACAGAUGCGGUAAAGCGUUUAACACGGAUGUUGGAUGACGACAGCACCGCUGACGCGGAUCGCUCCAAGGCACACCGUCUUCUCAGCAUCAUUGACGACGGGGCAACUACGGAGGACAUCCUGCAGGGCGUGGCGACCAUGUGGUGGAGUGGCAAACAACUUGAUCGGGCUGCCGACCUUGCAAAAUAUGUUGGUAAGAACGACAAAACAAAGAUUACGGUGAAGCUUACGGCCAAGGAUGCCCCUGCUCCUCCGCGCGAGCCCGUUGUAGAUGCCAAGACGCAGUCAGAGCUUAUGGCGUAUUACUUCAGGAAGCAGGAGGAGGCGAAAAAGAUGAUUGAAGACGAGGACCUCACAUACGGCAACAGCGCCUGGGCCAACCCACAGGGUCUUAAGUCCCAAUUGCAUGGUUUCGACUCGGUGAAGUUUAAACCGGGGUAA